AUGGGCGUUUUUAGCGAGUUCACCUCACUCAACUUUUCACUCUAUGCGCAAUGGCUCGGUAUAAUAUCUAUAUGUCUUCUGAUCGCGCUGGGUAUUGUGGGCUUCAUAUCACAUAUCGUCUUUAGCAUUGUUGGAUGGGUAAUCGCACUCAUCCUCAUAUUCGUUGAAAUUCCACUAUGUCUAAAGUGCUGUCCAACCAGUCCAAAGUUUUUCGCAGUGGUCAUGUUCCUAUCAAACAUCUUGAAUACUGGUCCGCUGAUUGCCGCAGCUGUCACGUUGUUGCUCGCUGCAAUUAGCUAUGGUAUUGCUGCUAUGAAGGGUCAAUCAUUUGCCAGCUCCAGAUUGUUGGGAGGCACUGGCGUUGACAAUGUUAAACUUGCCUCGCUUCGUUCCGAAAUCGACACUGCCAACGCUCGUGCUGAAGAAGCUCAAAAGAAGGUCGACGAACUGGAAUCUGAGCACAACCAAAAGGACGACAACCUCAAUGAACUUCAAAACCGUUCCAAGUUGUUGGAAGAACAGCUUGAGAAGGCCGAGGCUGAUUUGAAGGAAGCUACUUCCAACUUCCGUGAGGCUGACUUGCGUGCUGAACAGCUGGGAAAGAAGGCUGUCAAGCUUGAUCAAGAAGCAAAGGAGUGGGAUAAGAAGAACGCAGAUUUGGAAGCUAAGCACAAGGGUGUCAAGGACGAGCUGGACGAGAUGGAGCGUCAACUCGAAGGCGUAUAA